CGGGGAGGGUAGGAGGAGAUUGUGAGCUUCAAGGUCCUAGCGCUGUUUCAGAGAGACUUUGAGAGCACAGGUGUGUAAUCUUCACGCACGAAGGUUUGUUACAGCUACGGCUUUAGGUGCACAGGUCAUUUUCCAGUCUAAUGAUUUGCCUGCCCUUGCUGCGGCGCUCUCUGUCCCUCUCCUCUCCUGUAACAAAUAGCUACAGGAUGCAGAGUGCAGGAGCAACAGUCGCCCAAAAGAAACUGCAGGGGAAGGUGGCACUGGUGACGGCAUCAACUGAAGGAAUAGGAUUCUCUAUAGCCCAGCGGCUGGCACAAGAUGGUGCAAGUGUAUUACUGAGCAGUCGAAAGCAGCAGAAUGUGGAUAGAGCUGUCCGAGAACUGAAAGAGAAGGGACUGAAUGUUGAAGGGACAAUCUGCCAUGUAGGAAAAAAGGAGGACAGAGAGCGACUGGUGGAGACGGCUAUACAGAAGUUUGGAGGGGUUGACAUCCUGGUCUCUAAUGCUGCAGUAAAUCCCUUUUUUGGGAGUAUGUUAGAUUCUGAUGAGGACGUUUGGGAUAAGAUUCUGGACAUUAAUGUGAAGGCUGCAUUCCUACUGGUGAAACUUGUGGUGCCAAAAAUGCAAGAAAGAGGAGGAGGUAGCAUUGUGAUCGUAUCCUCUGUUGCUGGCUUCACCCCUUUCCCGUCUCUAGGACCAUAUAGUGUCAGUAAAACUGCAUUACUUGGCCUCACCAAGGCACUGGCACCGGAACUUUCUCCUGUAAACAUCCGAGUGAACUGCCUCGCACCUGGACUUAUCCGUACCAAGUUCAGCUCUGCUCUCUGGAAGAAUGAGUCUGUCAUGCCGCACCUGAUGUCUGCUUUGGGAAUUAACAGGAUUGGGGAGCCUGACGAGUGUGCUGGCGCAGUCUCUUUUCUUUGUUCACCUGAUGCCUCAUAUAUAACCGGAGAGACGGUUGUUGUUUCAGGAGGAGGGCACUCUCGCUUGUGAGCCACCGUCAUAUUAUAACCUAGCUAAUUUUGUUAAGACUGUGAAAUGACUGAAAGCGUAAUGCAGUAAAUAUUUUUUUGUCA